AGACUCUCUUGGCCCUCUUAAAGGGGCGGUGCUGGGAAAUAUCUGCUCUUGGCACCAGUUCCUGAGAAGGCUGUCCAGGGGCGUGAAUUCCCUCCACCAGCUCCAAAACAUUGGGGAAAAAAGGGAGAGAGAGACAGAGGAAGAGAGAAACAGAUAUCUGCACUCACUGAGGACAAUUCGUCCCAAGGAAGAUCCUCUUAAAAAGUAUUUUUUAAACUGCAGCCGGAUUUUCAGUCGAGGUGCUCCUCCAGUUGUUUAAAUGAUGACGAUGCCCCACUAUUGCCUCUCCCCCAUCCUUGGCUCUUCGCUCUGGUUGGCAUCCGUUGCUUUGAUGGUGCAGCUCGCAGAAUCUUCAGCAGGUAACUACAGGAGACCGGUCCCGGGGGGGAAAGCCCAUGGGUUCACGGAAAGGACGCUUAUUCUCCUUGAUGUGAACACUAGGAGUCCCAUUAAGACUCUGAAUGCAAACUUCCUUUCCUUGCAAUUGGACCCUUCUGUCAUUCACGACGGCUGGCUCGACUUCUUAAGUUCCAAGCGAUUGGUGACGCUGGCGAGGGGUCUUGCCCCAGCCUAUCUGAGGUUUGGGGGGAAAAGGACAGACUUUCUUUACUUCCACAACCUAAAGAAUCUGGCCAAGCAUAGAGGAGGCCCGGGGCCAGAUUACUACCUGAAGAACUAUGAGGAUGAUAUUGUGCGAAGUGACAUUGCCCUGGACAAGCAGAAGGGCUGCAAGCUGGCCAGUCACCCAGACAUCAUGCUGGAGCUGCAGAGGGAAAAGGCUGCACAGAUGCAGCUGGUCCUGCUCAAAGAGCAAUUCUCCAACAUGUACAGCAACAUCACAAUAACAGCCAGGUCUCUAGACAAACUCUACAACUUUGCCGACUGUGCCGGGCUGCAUCUGAUUUUCGGGCUCAAUGCCCUGCACCGAAACCCUGAUAACUCCUGGAAUGGAUCCAGUGCCCUGAGCCUCCUCAAGUACAGCGCUAGCAAGAAGUACAACAUCUCCUGGGAGCUGGGCAACGAGCACAACAGCUACCGGGCAAUGGUGGGGCGCUCUGUAAACGGCAGCCAGCUGGCUCGGGAUUACCUCCAGCUGCGCAACCUUCUGCAGUCGGUGCGCUUCUACAACAAUCGUGCCAGCCUCUACGGACCCAACAUCGGGCGGCCCCGGAAGACCGCCAUACUGCUGUUGGACGGGUUCAUGAAGACUGGUGGCUCUGUUGUAGAUGCAGUUACAUGGCAACAUUAUUACAUUGACGCACGGGUGGCCAAGGUUGCUGAUUUCAUGAAGACUCGUCUGCUGGACACUCUUACAGAGCAGAUCUCCAAAGUGCUGAAGGCUGUGAAGACUCAUGCCCCGGGUAAGAAGGUGUGGCUUGGUGGAGUCGGGCCAGCCUGGGUCGGGGGCACCAACAACCUAUCAGAUACCUACGCAGCCAGCUUCCUGUGGCUAAAUACACUGGGAAUCUCUGCAAUGCAAGGAAUUGACGUUGUCAUACGGCACUCAUUUUUCGACUAUGGGUACAAUCACUUGGUGGACCAGAACUUCAACCCUUUACCUGAUUACUGGCUGUCGCUGCUCUUCAAGCACUUGGUGGGUCCCCGGGUCCUGGCCGUGCACGUCGCUGGUCUGCAGAGGAAACCCCGACCUGGCAGAGUCAUCCGGGACAAACUGCGCAUCUACGCACACUGUACCAGCUUCCAAAAUCACAAUUACGUGCGAGGAUCCAUAACUCUCUAUAUUAUCAACCUUCACCGAUCAAGAAAGAAAAUUAAACUGGCCGGAACUCUUCGAGACAAAGCAGUACAUCAGUACCUGCUACAGCCCUAUGGGAUAGAAGGUCUGCAGGCAAAGUCUGUCCAGCUGAACGGAGAGCCUCUCAAGAUGUUGGACGAUGAAACUUUCCCAGAGUUAAAGCCCAAGAUGCUGCGCUCUGGACGCACAAUCGUCAUGCCGCCAAUGACAAUCGGUUUCUACGUGGUCAAGAACGUCAAUGCGUACGCCUGCCGCUACAGAUAGCUGCAACCCUGCCACCCCCGACUCCCAGACCUCAAGUCACAGACUAUGCUCCGUAAUACUAUUCCUUUAGUCAGUCAAGCAAGGUGUCGACUUUUGGGGAAAAAAUGGACUUUAGGAUCCUGGUCAACUUCCGUUAUGCUGCGUUCAUACACAGACCGUUCAGUGAAACGAGCCUCUGUAAAGAGCUUUACAGUGAGCUAGCAUACCAAGUUCACAGCAAUGGCAUUACAAAUUAUGAAUUUUGAUGUCUCCAUUUCCUGUUUGUCUGUGGCAGCAGGUCACUGGGUGAAAACACUUCAGGGUGAUAAAAUGCAGUGCAAAAACAGGUUAUGUGUGGGUAAUAAACCAACAGACAUCACUGUAAGGCUACUGAAAGGACGGGUGACUGGGGAAGAAUCAGUAACCCUUACCAACAGCAGCCAAGACCUUGUAGAUCUGCUCAAAGAAUAUUGCUCUUGGCAAGGUGGAUGUCUUAUCAUAUUCUCACUGACCACACACAUAUACACACACGCAAACACAUACACACACUGAGACACACACACACACACACACUGAGACACACAUACACACCAUUUUCAUUGAGGGUGAAUGUGCACAAAUUCCAUACAAAACCUCUUUAUGGAGGGAAGCAGAGUCACAAGUUUUCUGCUGAGUGUGGUUCGAAAUCAACAACAACAAAAAAACGCUUUGUUUCAAGUAUUGCAAUCUGAAGGGAAGCAUGGUGGCAUUCUCCACACACUCUCUCACACGCACAGCAUCUCUGGAACAUUAGCAGGACGUUCAGUACUGGAAUUUUGGACACCAGUGUGUUCUCUAUUCACAGGACCUGUGUGGAUUCAGCAGGAGUGGCUGAGAGGAUUAGUUCAACCACAGGAAAGGCAAUCCGCUGCACAGCCAUGUUACGCUGCUUUCUCUUAAUAUGCGAUGUUAUAAAUCUCAAACUGUCCUUGCAACAUAGCCAUGUCGCUGUAUACAUCUGGCACUAUUUAAAUAGUUGCAAAAUCUGUAUAAACAGAAAGACGUUUUAUGAUAUAAUCUUAAUAGAAGACGUAUGCACUGUUCUGUAUAACAGUUAGAACCCCAGUGGUUUAGUUGAACUCCCCAUUGUUUGCAGAUUGUAGGAGCUCACUGUGGCACAUUUACAGCAGCUCUGUGUGAAGUUUUCUGCAUACCUGGGCUCAAUCUUAAAAGAGAAAUGGGAGAAGAUUGGAAAAAAAUGCUGAGAAGAGAUACUGUAAGGGCAUGGGUGGCCAUCAACUGUAUGCUCCAGGGUAAAGAUGCUCAUACUUCAGUGGUUAAAGCAAACAAAACACACACACACACACACACACACACACACACACACACAUAUACUAUGCUGUAAUAGGCAAGAGGUGAUUGCAUGUGUAAAUGUUUUAGAGGGUAUUUGAGAGGCAGUGUGGUCUAAUGGUUCUAGCUGAGGGAAUGGGAGGCAGUGUAAUAGAGAGAGGGGAUGCCAGUGUUUUUGAAUGGUUAGAUGUGAGGGACAGCAAGUCAGUUUAGCUCAGUAGUUAAAAAGAGAGACAGCUGAAGCCAGUGGGCUCACGUUUUUUUUUUAUCCUAGUGGGAUUACUUCUUUUUCUCCAUUAAUGUUGUAAAUGUUCUUUCUUAAAUUAUAUUUUCAGAACCAAAAACGUAAAAAAAAAAAAAAAAAAAUACUAUAUACUGUAUAUAUUAUAUAGAAAUAUGCGUUAACCCUUUCAGUCCUGGUAGGACCUCAAGGUCCCGCCUUAUUUUAGUGCUAUAUGUUAACAUAUGCCAUCCGAAAAUCACGUUGGUAUUCCUCGGUCCCAGUCUGAGGUAGUGUAUAAAUAUAUGUAAAAAAAAAAAUCAGGGCUGAAAGGGUUAAACUUAAAACAGCACGUAGUUGCCAUCAGAACCCAUCUUGAUAAGGGAUACAUUUGUAGGUGCACAUUUUACAACUCACAAUCAACAAUGGCACCAUGGCAGGUGCAGUGGCUCUCUUAAGAAGGUCCUCUUCAGCAGUGAGAAUGCUCAUGUACUGUAGAUUGCUUUAUAUGUUGUUCUCCAGUCAGUAUGAGGCACUCAUCUGCUGGCACUCUGUUGGUUACUAUGUCUGUAAAAGCUAUUUGUUACAGAUAUAAGUCAUUUUCUUCAGAAUGUGUUUGGAUUGUUUAUGUGGAGUUGUUCAUAUUUUCUUUUUUGUUCAUAUUUUCUUUUUGAAGAAAAUUAUUUUAUUUCGGAAAAUUCUAAGACUAACAUUUUUGUGUUAAGAGUUUAUGCAACAAUAAAAUAAACAAAUACAAUUUAAAAAAA